GGCGCCCGCCUCCCGGCGCUGACGGCCUCGCUCGGAGCCGGCGAAGGAGAGCCGGCCAGCGCGGUCGCCGGCACGCCACCCAGCAUGGUCCGGGAAACUAGGCACCUCUGGGUGGGCAACUUACCGGAAAACGUACGGGAGGAGAAGAUCAUCGAGCACUUCAAACGAUAUGGCCGCGUGGAAAGUGUUAAAAUUCUCCCCAAGAGGGGAUCUGAAGGAGGAGUGGCUGCCUUUGUGGAUUUUGUGGACAUCAAAAGUGCACAGAAAGCUCACAACUCCGUUAACAAAAUGGGAGAUAGAGACCUACGCACGGAUUAUAAUGAACCAGGCACCAUUCCGAGUGCUGCUCGGGGAUUGGAUGAUACAGUUUCCAUAGCAUCUCGUAGUAGAGAGGUUUCUGGGUUCAGAGGAGGUGGUGGAGGGCCUGCUUAUGGCCCCCCACCAUCACUUCAUGCACGAGAAGGACGUUAUGAGCGGAGACUUGAUGGGGCUUCAGAUAACAGGGAGCGUGCUUAUGAACAUAGUGCCUAUGGACACCAUGAACGGGGGACGGGAGCAUUUGAUCGGACAAGACAUUACGAUCAGGAUUACUAUAGAGAUCCUCGAGAGCGGACAUUACCACAUGGGCUCUAUUACACUUCUCCUCGGAGUCGAAGUCCAAACCGUUUUGAUGCUCACGAUCCCCGAUACGAACCUAGGGCUCGGGAGCAGUUUACAUUGCCCAGUGUGGUACACAGGGAUAUCUACAGGGAUGAUAUUACCCGAGAGGUACGAGGCAGAAGGCCAGAGCGGAAUUACCAGCACAGCAGGAGUCGCUCACCACACUCAUCCCAGUCUAGAAAUCAGUCUCCUCAGAGACUGGCUAGCCAAGCGACUAGACCCACCAGGUCCCCUAGCGGCAGCGGCUCUAGGAGUAGAUCCUCCAGUAGUGAUUCAAUCAGCAGCAGCAGUAGUACCAGCAGUGACAGCAGUGAGUCCAGCAGCAGUUCGAGUGAUGACUCUCCAGCCCGAUCAGUUCAGUCUGCAGCAGUCCCGGCUCCCACUUCCCAGUUGCUUUCAUCUCUGGAAAAAGAUGAGCCCCGUAAGAGUUUUGGGAUCAAGGUUCAGAAUCUUCCAGUACGCUCUACAGACACAAGCCUUAAAGAUGGCCUUUUCCAUGAAUUUAAGAAAUUUGGCAAGGUGACUUCCGUGCAGAUCCAUGGAGCUUCAGAAGAGAGGUAUGGUCUGGUGUUCUUUCGGCAGCAAGAGGACCAAGAAAAAGCAUUAACUGCAUCAAAAGGAAAGCUUUUCUUUGGUAUGCAGAUUGAAGUAACAGCAUGGAUAGGACCAGAAACAGAAAGUGAAAACGAGUUCCGUCCCUUGGAUGAAAGGAUAGAUGAGUUUCAUCCCAAAGCAACAAGAACUCUCUUCAUUGGCAACCUUGAAAAGACCACCACUUACCAUGACCUUCGCAACACCUUCCAGCGGUUCGGAGAGAUUGUGGACAUUGAUAUUAAGAAAGUAAAUGGAGUUCCUCAGUAUGCAUUCUUGCAAUACUGUGAUAUUGCCAGUGUUUGUAAAGCUAUUAAGAAAAUGGAUGGGGAGUACCUUGGAAAUAAUCGCCUCAAGUUGGGUUUUGGAAAGAGCAUGCCUACAAACUGCGUAUGGUUAGAUGGGCUGUCUUCAAAUGUGUCGGAUCAAUAUUUAACACGACAUUUCUGCCGAUACGGUCCUGUGAUAAAGGUGGUAUUUGACCGUUUGAAAGGCAUGGCCCUGAUUCUCUACAAUGAAAUUGAAUAUGCACAAGCAGCUGUAAAAGAGACCAAGGGGAGAAAAAUUGGUGGCAAUAAAAUUAAGGUGGAUUUUGCAAAUCGGGACAGUCAGUUGGCAUUUUAUCACUGCAUGGAGAAAUCUGGUCAAGAUGUCAGAGACUUUUAUGAAAUGUUACUAGAAAGAAGAGAGGAGCGAAGGGGAUCCUAUGACUAUAACCAAGACCGACCAUAUUAUGAGAGCGUUCGCACACCAGGCACAUAUCCCGAGGACUCCAGGAGGGACUAUCCUGCUCGGGGGAGAGAAUUCUACUCAGAAUGGGAAACAUACCAAGGAGACUACUAUGAGUCACGCUAUUAUGAUGACCCUCGGGAAUACAGAGAUUACAGGAGUGAUCCUUAUGAACAAGAUAUUCGGGAAUACAGUUACAGACAGAGGGAACGAGAGAGAGAACGUGAAAGAUUUGAGUCUGACCGAGACAGAGACCAUGAGAGGCGGCCCAUUGAGCGGAGUCAGAGUCCCACACACUUGCGCCGCGCACAAAGUCCUGGUGCAUCACCUUCACAGGCUGAUAGACUGGCCAGUGACUCCGAGAGGAGGCUGUACAGCCGCUCCUCAGACCGAAGUGGCAGCUGUAGCUCACUCUCCCCUCCACGGUACGAGAAACUGGACAAGGCUCGUUUGGAGCGCUAUGCAAAAAAUGAAAAGGCUGAUAAAGAACGAGCUUUUGAUCUUGAGAGAAUGGAGAGAGAGAGGCGCUUAAUACGGAAGGAAAAAGUGGAAAAGGACAAAACUGACAAGCAGAAGCGAAAAGGAAAAGUUCAUUCCCCUAGUUCUCAGUCUUCAGAGACAGACCAAGAAAAUGAGCAAGAACAGAGCCCUGAAAAAUCCAGGAGUUGUAAUAAACUGAGCAGAGAGAAAGCCGACAAAGAAGGAAUAGCAAAAAACCGCUUGGAACUCAUGCCUUGUGUAGUUUUGACUCGAGUAAAAGAAAAAGAGGGAAAGGUCAUUGACCAUACUCCACUGGAGAAGCUGAAAGCCAGACUUGAUAAUGAUACCAGUAAGUCUUCUGCCCUGGAUCAGAAACUUCAGGUCUCUCAGGCUGAGCCUGCAAAAUUGGACCUGUCUAAAUUGGAAUCUGUUCGAAUGAAAGUGCCGAAGGAAAAGCUGCUUGCAAGCCACACUGAAGUAGUUGAUAAGGAAGUCAGGCCUAAACCCAGGAAGCACCUCAAGCCAGAGCAGAGUGCUGAUGGGUUGAGUGCUGUGGAUCUGGAGAAGCUGGAAGCCAGGAAAAGACGAUUUGCAGAUUCUAAUUUAAAAGUAGAAAGGCAAAAACCAGAAAUCAAGAAAAGUAGUCCCGAGAUGGAAGAUACUCGGGUGCUUUUGAAAAAGAUGCCUGAUGUUUCAUCUCGAGAUGUUGUUCUACUAAGGGAAGGAGAGUCUGAAAGAAAGCCUGUGAGAAAAGAAAUUCUUAAAAGAGAAUCUAAAAAAAUCAAAGUGGACAAACUUAAUACUGUUCCCAGUCCCAAAGACUGUCAGGAGCUUGUCAGUAUUUCUGCUGGGUCUGGCUUGAGGCCCAGCUCAGAGCUACAAGCACGAUUGGGAGAGCCAGGAGUUGAAUCUGCAGAAAAUCAAGAAAUCCAGUCGAAAAAACCUAUCCCUUCAAAACCACAGCUCAAACAGCUGCAGCUCUUAGAUGAUCAAGGUCCAGAGAGAGAUGAUGUCAGGAAAAACUACUGUAGUCUUCGUGAUGAAACACUUGAUCGUAAACCAGGCCAAGAGAAACCUCAUGCAGUAAAUACUGAAGAGAAAAUUGGCAUUGACAUUGAUCACACACAGAGUUACCGAAAACAAAUGGAGCAGAGUCGUAGAAAACAGCAGAUGGAGAUGGAAAUAGCCAAGUCUGAGAAGUUUGGCAGUCCUAAAAAAGAUGUAGAUGAAUAUGAAAGACGUAGCCUUGUUCACGAGGUAGGCAAACCUCCACAAGAUGUCACUGAUGACUCGCCUCCCAGCAAAAAGAAAAGGAUGGAUCAUGUUGACUUUGAUAUCUGCACCAAGAGAGAGAGGAAUUAUAGAAGUUCACGCCAAAUCAGUGAAGAUUCUGAAAGGACUAGCUGUUCUCCCAGUAUUCGCCAUGGUUCCUUCCAUGAAGAUGAUGAUCCUCUAAGCUCCCCAAGGCUAAUGUCAGUGAAAGGUUCUCCUAAAGUAGAUGAAAAAAAUCUCCCCUAUUCUAGUAUAACAGUGAGGGAAGAGUCCUUAAAAUUUAACCCUUAUGAUUCUAGCAGGAGAGAACAGAUGGCAGACAUGGCCAAAAUAAAGCUAUCUGUCUUGAAUUCUGAAGAUGAACUAAAUCGCUGGGACUCUCAAAUGAAACAGGAUGCCAGCAGAUUUGAUGUCAGUUUCCCAAACAGCAUAAUUAAGAGAGACAGUCUGCGAAAAAGGUCUGUACGGGAUUUGGAACCUGGCGAGGUGCCUUCGGAUUCUGAUGAAGAUAGUGAGCACAAAUCCCACUCACCCAGAGCUUCUGCAUUAUAUGAAAGCUCUCGGUUGUCUUUUUUAUUGAGGGACAGAGAAGACAAACUACGUGAGCGAGAUGAAAGACUCUCUACUUCUUUAGAAAGGAACAAAUUUUAUUCUUUUGCACUGGAUAAGACAAUCACACCAGACACUAAAGCUCUGCUUGAAAGAGCUAAAUCCCUUUCUUCAUCCCGAGAAGAAAAUUGGUCUUUUCUUGACUGGGACUCCCGGUUUGCUAAUUUUCGAAACAACAAAGAUAAAGAAAAGGUUGACUCUGCUCCAAGACCUAUUCCAUCCUGGUACAUGAAAAAAAAGAAAAUCAGGACUGAUUCAGAAGGAAAAAUGGAUGAUAAAAAAGACAAUCAUAAAGAAGAAGAGCAGGAAAGGCAAGAACUAUUUGCCUCCCGUUUUUUACACAGCUCGAUCUUUGAACAAGAUUCCAAGCGACUCCAGCAUCUGGAGAGGAAAGAUGAAGAAUCUGACUUCAUAACUGGUCGAUUAUACGGGAGGCAGACAUCAGAUGGAGUUAACAGCACAAGUGAGUCCAUUCAAGAGCCAGUGGUCCUAUUCCAUAGCAGAUUUAUGGAGCUCACCCGAAUGCAACAGAAAGAAAAAGAAAAAGACCAAAAACCCAAAGAGAUUGAGAAGCAGGAAGAUACAGAGAAUCAUCCCAAGACCCCAGAAUCUGCUUCUGAGAAUAAAGAGUCAGAACUGAGAACUCCAUCUUCAGUCAGGCCUCCCAGUGUCACAGCUAUGACUCCAGGGACAGUGUCACCAGCACCAGAAAAGACAACCAGUGAAAAAACAGUAGAGACACCUUUGGUAACAGAAGAGAAGACUGUGGAGGCAGCCUCUGUCUCAGAAGAAGCAAAACCAGUAUCAGAACUGGCUCCUGUCUCUGUUGAACAACCAGAACAGGUAGACUUGUCCCCAGGAGCAGACACCAGUAAAGAUGCUGCUGUGAUGCCUUCCAUGGCUGAAAGCUCGUCCACUGACCAGCUGCCUUACCUAGACGCCAAGCCUCCAACUCCGGGGGCCUCAUUUUCCCCGGUAGAGAGUAGGGUAGAUCCAGACCCUGACAGUACCCAGCCACCUUCAAAACCAACUCAGAAGCCUGAGGAAUCUGAUGAUCCAAAAGUAGAAAAGCCAGAUACAACUGCAAAGGUUGAGCCUAAUCCAAACCCAAAAGCUGAAAUUGUUCCUGAGGUUCAGCCUCAAGCUUCUGAAAAUGUAGACGUUGAUCCUCCAGUUGCUGCAAAAGAUAAGAAACCAAACAAAAGUAAGCGUUCCAAGACCCCUGUUCAGGCAGCUGCAGCAAGUAUUGUGGAGAAGCCUGUCACUAGGAAGAGUGAGAGGAUAGACCGGGAAAAACUAAAGAGGGCCAGUUCCCCUCGGGGAGAAGCACAGAAGCUUUUAGAAUUGAAGAUGGAAGCAGAGAAGAUUACAAGGACUGCUUCUAAAAACUCUAUGGGGGACCCUGAGCACCCUGAGCCAAGUUUGCCUCUCAGCCGAACAAGGCGCCGGAACGUGAGGAGUGUUUACGCAACCAUGAGUGACCAUGAAAACCGCUCUCCAGCCAAAGAGCCUGUAGAGCAGCCACGAGUGACCAGAAAGAGACUGGAGCGAGAGCUUCAGGAGGUGGCAGUGGUUCCCACUACUCCACGGAGGGGAAGGCCUCCGAAAACACGCCGUCGCGCUGAGGAGGAGGAGGAGAAUGAGGUCAAAGAACCAACAGAAACGCUCAAGCCAGCUGAGGGAUGGAGGUCCCCGAGGUCUCAAAAAUCAGCAGUCACUGGUGGCCCCCAAGGGAAAAGGGGGAAAAAUGAACCAAAAGUUGAUGCUGAACGUGCUGAGGCUCCCACUGAUGUGAGUCUCCAAGUGAACAUGAAAGAAAACACCAAGUCCAAACCUGAUAAAGAAGAAGCAGGAAGUGAACAGAAAGUGAACAGAAACGACAAAAAAGAAGCCAGCACAGACAAAAAUGCACCCGACACUCCUCCAGUUGAGGUGGUAGAGAAAAAGCCAGCCCCUGAAAAAAACUCUAAAUCAAAGCGAGGAAGAUCUCGAAACUCAAGGUCAGCAGUGGACAGAUCUGCACAUCUGAAAAGUACAGACACAGCAGCUGGCCAUGGGGAGGCUGCAGGGCCUGUGGCACAGGCAGAGGAACCAGAAGCUGGGGUCGUAGCAGUCUCACCUGAGAAAAGCGAGAGUCCCCAGAAGGAAGGUAGUUCCUCAUCCCAGCUGAAAAAUGAUCCAGCGGCCCCCAACAAGGAACCAGAGGAGGAAGACAUGUCUGCCUCUAGGGUAUCCCCAGAAGCCACUCAGCUAGCCCAGCAGAUGGAGCUGGAGCAAGCUGUGGAGAACAUUGAAAAGCUUACUGAGACCUCUGCCCAUGCAGCCUAUAAAGCAGCAGCUUCUAGUGCAACCAAGGGCCCCACCACAGAGGACAAAGACAAGCCCCCACAUCAGGCAAGUGAAACAGAACUGGCUGCUGCCAUCGGAUCCAUUAUCAAUGACAUUUCUGGGGAGCCGGAAAAUUUCCCUGCCCCUCCUCGUUUCCCUGCGGAAUCUCAGACAAGUUUGCCGUCACAGACGCAAGGGGUGCAGCCCCAAGGGGGAGAAAUGGAGCCUGAAACUCAUGAGGCUGUAUCUGGCAUCUUGGAGACAGAGGCUGCUGCAGAGACUUCUGGGCCACAAGACAGCACCUCUGACACCUCAGGAAUCCCAGCAAAUGCCAGGGAAGCCAGAGGGAAUGGCAGUGAAACCUCUCAGUUGGCACAGGAAACCAAAGGGUCAAAGGAAGUGGAAGUACCUCUUGCUCGUAAAGACAAAGGGCGCCAGAAGGCAGCUCGGUCACGCCGCAAAAGGAAUACAAAUAAGAAGGUGGCAGGUGCUGCCACAGAGACCCAUGCCUCCAAGACUGUUGAGGCUGAAAGCAAGAGCCCUGCUAUGAAUAAGGGGGUGGCAGCACACCCCUCAGAACCUCCACAGGAAGACAAGCAGAGUGAAAAGCCCCGUUGUGCUCCUCCUCAGGCAUGCACCCCUGAGCCAAGCAAGAGUCUGUCUGCAGAGAGUGUGUCCCAAGAAAUCAGCGUUGAAGAAAAGACUCCAACCAAAGCAUCUGUGCUUCCAGACCUCCCCCCUCCUUCCCAGCCAGCACUGCUGGAUGAUGAAGCUCAGGCCAGGUUCAAGGUGCACACCAUCAUUGAAAGUGACCCAGUGACCCCACCCAGUGACUCAGGCAACCCCCCACCCACAGUUCCUUCUAUAACUGCUGCAAAGCUUCUACCCGCCCUGGGUCCUGGGGCAGUCCCACAGCAGAGCCCCCCUCCUAAGGUGACAGAGUGGAUCACCAGACAGGAAGAGCCUCGGGCUCAGUCCACUCCGUCUCCAGCUCUUCCCCCAGAUACCAAGGCCUCUGAUGUGGACACCAGCUCCAGUACGCUGAGGAAGAUCCUCAUGGACCCCAAAUAUGUAUCUGCUACAGGUAUCACAUCGACAAGUGUCACCACAGCCAUCGCAGAGCCUGUAAGUGCUGCCCCUUGCCUCCAUGAGGCAGCAGCUGCUCCAGUUGAAUCUAAAAAGCCUCCUGUAGAGGAAAAACCAGCAGCUCCAAUAACAAAUGCCUCUGACAUGCAAGCCUCAGAGGUUCCUGUAGCCACUGACAAAGAAAAGGUGGCUCCAGUCAUUGCUCCUAAAAUUACAUCUGUUAUCAGCCGGAUGCCUGUCAGCAUUGAUUUGGAGAAUUCACAGAAGAUAACCCUGGCAAAACCAGCUCCUCAGACUCUGACUGGCCUGGUGAGUGCCCUGACUGGCCUGGUGAAUGUUUCCCUGGUUCCGGUGAAUGCCCUGAAAGGACCCGUGAAGGGGUCAGUGGCCACACUGAAAGGGUUAGUGAGCACCCCUGCGGGGCCUGUGAAUGUCCUGAAGGGGCCUGUGAAUGUUCUCACUGGGCCAGUAAACGUCCUCACCACUCCAGUGAAUGCCACAGUGGGUACAAUGAAUGCUGCCACCGGCACGGUGAACGCUGCUGCUAGUGCAGUGAGUGCCACUGCAGGUGCAGUGACUGCUGCAUCUGGUGGUGUGACUGCCACAGCAGGCGCAGCACCUAUGACAAGUGCAGUGAUUGCACCAUCAGCAAAGUGCAAGCAGAGAUCGAGCAGUAACGAAAACAGUCGCUUCCACCCUGGGUCCAUGUCUGUGAUUGAUGACCGUCCUGCAGACACAGGCUCCGGUGCAGGGCUGCGUGUGAAUACUUCAGAGGGGGUUGUGCUCCUGAGCUACUCAGGGCAGAAGACUGAAGGUCCACAGCGGAUCAGUGCCAAGAUUAGCCAGAUUCCCCCAGCCAGUGCAAUGGACAUUGAAUUUCAGCAGUCGGUGUCCAAGUCCCAGGUGAAACCUGAUUCUGUCACACUAUCACAGCCUGCACCCAAAGGCCCUCAAGCUCCCCCAGGGUUCACAAAUGUGGCCACCCAUUCCACCCUGGUGCUGACUGCUCAGACUUACAAUGCAUCCCCUGUGAUCUCCUCUGUCAAGGCCGACCGCCCAUCCUUGGAGAAGCCUGAGCCCAUCCACCUCUCUGUGUCCACCCCCGUCACCCAGGGUGGCACAGUGAAGGUUCUCACCCAGGGCAUAAACACACCCCCAGUACUGGUCCACAACCAGCUGGUCCUCACCCCAAGCAUUGUUACCACUAAUAAAAAGCUUGCUGACCCCGUCACCCUCAAAAUAGAGACCAAGGUCCUUCAGCCAGCCAACCUUGGGUCUACACUCACACCCCACCAUCCUCCUCCUCUGCCCACCAAACUGCCUGCAGAAGUGAACCACGCCACCUCAGGGCCCAGCACUCCAACGGACAGAAUGGUCUCCCACUCGGCAGCCACCAAACCAGACACGCAUUCUCCUCGAUCCAGCGGGCCUGCACCACCCCCGUUCCCCAGGGCAUGCCACCCCAGCAGCACCACAUCCACAGCGCUCUCUACCAAUGCCACAGUCAUGCUGGCUGCAGGCAUUCCAGUGCCUCAGUUCAUCUCUAGCAUCCACCCAGAGCAGUCUGUCAUCAUGCCACCCCACAGCAUCACCCAGACUGUAUCCCUUGGCCAUUUGUCCCAGGGCGAGGUGAGAAUGAACACACCUACACUGCCCAGCAUCACUUACAGUAUCCGGCCAGAAACCCUUCACUCUCCUCGGGCUCCCCUGCAGCCCCAGCAGAUAGAAGUACGGGCCCCGCAGCGCGCAGGCACCCCACAGCCGGCCACGGCUGGAGUGUCCACUCUGGCCUCCCAGCACCCCCCUGAGGAAGAAGUGCACUACCAUCUCCCAGUGGCUCGAGCCGCAGCCCCCGUGCAGUCCGAGGUGCUGGUCAUGCAGUCUGAGUACCGACUGCACCCAUACACCGUGCCCCGGGAUGUUCGGAUCAUGGUGCACCCACAUGUGGCAGUCAGCGAGCAGCCCAGGGCCACAGAGGGUGUGGUGAAGGUGCCAGCUGUCAGCAAGGCCCCUCAGCAACCUGGGAAAGAAUCUACCAAGACGCCAGAGGCCAAAGCAUCCCCUGCCCCUGCCCCACCCCCUGCCCCUGCCCCACCCCCACCCCCUCAUGGUGAGGCCCGCAUCCUUACAGUCACCCCCAGCAACCAGCUCCAGGGGCUGCCUCUGACUCCCCCUGUGGUGGUGACUCAUGGAGUACAGAUCGUGCACUCCAGUGGGGAGCUGUUUCAAGAGUACAGAUACGGCGACAUCCGUACCUACCAUGCCCCAGCACAGCUCACACCCACUCAGUUCCCUGCUGCCUCCUCCAUUGGCCUGCCUUCCCGGACCAAGACUCCUGCCCAGGGCACUCCUGAAGGUGAGCCCUUGCAGCCCAUUCAGCCUGCACAGUCUGCACAGCCUGCCCCGCCUGUGCAGUCCACACAGCCUGCUCUGCCUGUGCCGCCCUGUAAUCCCUCCCAACUCAGCCAGCCUGGCCAGCCACCAUGUAGCAAGAUGCCUCAGGUUUCCCAAGAAGCAAAGGGGACUCAGACAGGAGGAAUUGAGCAACCCCGCCUCCCAACUGUACCAGCAUCCAGGCCACCUGAACCCCAUACCCCCCAGGUUCAGAGGGCGCAAGUGGAAGGAGGCCAGACUUCCUACCCCUCCCCCGUGUCUGUCUCCAUGAAGCCGGACCUCCCGGCCCCUCUGCCCACCCAGGCUGCCCCAAAGCAGCCAUUAUUUGUUCCCACAACCUCAGGCCCAAGCACCCCACCAGGGCUGGCCCUGCCACACACUGAAGUCCAGCCAGCCUCCAAGCCAGAUUCCUCUCCACACCUGACUUCCCAGAGAUCUGUGGAUAUGGUCCAGCUUCUGAAGAAGUAUCCCAUCGUGUGGCAGGGCCUGCUGGCUCUCAAGAAUGACACAGCUGCUGUCCAGCUCCACUUUGUCUCUGGCAACAAUGUCCUGGCCCACCGAUCCCUGCCUCUCUCAGAAGGAGGCCCCCCGCUGAGGAUCGCCCAGAGAAUGCGGCUGGAGGCCUCACAGCUGGAAGGGGUGGCCCGAAGAAUGACAGUGGAGACAGAUUACUGUCUGCUGCUGGCUCUGCCCUGUGGUCGUGACCAAGACGACGUGGUAAGCCAGACAGAGUCUCUUAAGGCUGCCUUCAUCACUUACCUGCAGGCCAAGCAGGCGGCAGGGAUCAUCAACGUUCCGAACCCUGGCUCCAAUCAGCCCGCCUAUGUGCUGCAGAUCUUCCCGCCUUGUGAGUUCUCUGAGAGUCACCUUUCCCGCCUGGCCCCUGACCUCCUUGCCAGUGUCUCCAACAUCUCUCCCCACCUUAUGAUUGUCAUUGCCUCUGUGUGAGCCACGGGACGAUCACCACCUCAGGGUAAUUUCCCCGAGGUUCUGCCGCAAAAAAAUGAACACCAGACUACCCAGUCAGGCAGAGGAGCACCUGCGGAGGGGACAGACCCCACUGCCAGACACUGGCCUCCUCGACCACCCAGCUCCCAGGGACGGAUCUCCCUGGGUGGUGGUGCUGCUGCCUUGUAUGUUUACACGAUGCUGUCGCCCAGGACGUGCCACCAACUGAGGGACUCACAGACACCUUGGGGCUGGGUUUCUUUUUUUUUGAGAAAAGGAAUAGGGCAGUGGAAUUUUUUGUUUUCGUUUUUAAGAAACAAAACAGGACUGCCUUUGCACUAAAUUAGUGACUUGGACUUUUGCACAGUGAAGACAGGCUGUGACACUGACAGACGUCUUGGUGUGUAUGAACACGUCACAGACGCUAAUGCAGGACCGGGAACUUCUGCUGAAACCUUGGGGUCAAGGAACAUUUCAUUGGGUUUUUUUGCCCCACCUUCUCUUCUUUGCUCAUUGGACAUCACCUUUAACUCUCCUGCUGCCACCACGUUUGGCUCACCAGGAUGUACAGUUUACAGUGGAACAGGAGCAAACACAGGAUUUCCUUUCUUGGUGGGAUAUGCAGAACUUGGGAUGUGUGUAUAUAUAAAUAUAUAAUAUAUAUAAAUAUAUAUAAUACUGACUUAAAAAUCAAAUUUCCCCAACAUACAUUUUUUUUAAUCUGUGCCAAAAAAUGUGUUUUCAGAGAAAAUCUUAUUUUCAUACUCAGACUUUGUAUUGUCACUCAUUUGUAUAAGUGCGCUUCAUGACAGCACGGGCGCUGCUCCCGCUUCGUGGAAGUGUCACACAGCACCUGUACAGAAAGACUGGCCAACCUUCUUCCUGUGACCCAGACCUCUCCCACUUCCUAACACUUAUUAAUUUAUGAAACUGUUUUCUCAGCGCAGUUUUGUUUUGUGUGUCCAUUGGAUUACAAACUUUAUUAAAAAAUACAAAACAC